AUGGCGUGUUUAAAAUCGUGCGUAAUUUUAUUUUGUUUGUUCUACACGUUUUCGCUAAGCACAGCUGAUAAUAUACAAGACAUUAAAGCUAGAUUAGAUGCGAUAAAUAACAGAAAUCGUCAACAAGGCCAAAAUGCGAACUCUAAUAUCAAAAACCCGGGGUAUAACAAUGGAAGACCAAUAAAUAACGGCCAAAGUAACGGUUAUAACAAUGGAUACGAUAGCAGGCAUAAUAUGAACAAUGGUCUCCCAAAUACUAAUAGGUAUCCAUCAAGUAAUUACCCCUCUAACAAUCCGAACUACAACGUUGGUCAAACAUACCCGAAUAAUGUGCAAGGGAACCAAAAACACCUUUACCCAAAUCUUAACUUAACGUAUCCUAACAAUUUGAAUAAUGGAAACCAGAACUGGAAUAAUCGUCCUAACGUAAACGCUAAUUGGAAUACGAAUCACACAGGCAAUGCUAACUGGAAUAAUUAUUACAACAGGAAUAACAGUCACAGUGGAUUUCCAAGUACUCAUUCGAAUAACAAUCCCAGCACUUACCCCAAUUGGAGUAAUAAUCCUAGUGUUAAUCCUAAUUAUAAAAACCCUAGUACUAAUCCUAACUGGAAUGCCAAUCCUAAUGCCAAUUCUAAUUGGAAUACUAAUCCCACUCCUAAUCCUAAUCCUAAUCCUAAUUGGAACGCAAAUCCCAGUUACAAUCCAAAUUGGAAUACUAAUCCUAGUAACAAUCCUAAUGCUAAUCCUAACUGGAAUAACCCCAAUUCUAAUAGCAAUAGCAACUCUAUGGGAAAUCGCAAUUGGAACAGCAAUAAUGCUAGGGUAGAUCCAAACGCGCCGUUUCCCAAUUCUGCAUUUUCAGGAAAUACCAAUAAUCUUAACAAUUACAGACCAAAUUACUAA